CCCACCCACUAAGGGAUUGUGGAUAGACAAGAGAUUAUAAAUCUAGCAGCUUCAGUUAUUGUGGACUUUGCAGGACAAGCCUCUCUCAGAUUGAUCAAUUGACAAGUUUCAUGGGUGAACAAGUUCAAGAGACUCAGCUCACCAUCAGGGGUGAAGAAUCCAGAGAAACAAAAUCACCUGGACACAGGAACGAUGCAAGCAAGCCCGAGGCCGCGCUGUCCUCGGCAAGAAACUACAAGUGGUGGCUGAGAAUCGCGGUGUUUUCGCUAUUUGUCCUCUCAGGCCAAUCAGUAGCCACGAUCUUGGGGAGACUCUACUAUGAGAAGGGAGGGAAGAGCAAAUGGAUGGAGACACUGGUUCAAAUAGUAGGAUUCCCAAUCCUCAUUCCUUACUUAUUCUUCUCACCAAGCAAGUCCUCUUCCGCCACGAAAACCGCCCUCGAUGGCCGUAUGGACGCAAGACUGCUUGUGCUCGUUUACAUCAUUUUCGGCAUAAUCCUCGCAGGGAGCGCUAUGCUGUUCUCAGUCGGACUUCAGUACCUCCCCGUGUCGACUUUCUCUCUAAUCAGCGCGUCGCAACUGGGCUUCACUGCCCUGCUCGCCUUCUUCAUCAACUCGCAGAAGUUCACUCCCUUGACGAUCAAUUCUCUGGUGCUCUUGACCAUCUCAUCCACCCUCUUAGUGUUUCAAUCCGAUGCGAACGGUACUACAGCGUCCACUGGAAAGUAUGCGGUCGGGUUCACAUGCACAUUAGUCGCGUCGGCCGGCUGCGGAUUAAUCCUCAAUCUCACGCAACUUUACUUCCGGAAAGUCCAGAGGACGGACCCGAUUUACACGAUCUUCGAGCUGCUGACAUACGAGUCCGUGGUUGCGACGUUCAUAAUCUUGGUGGGGCUGUUUGCUAGCGGGGAGUGGAAGGAGCUGAAGGAGGAAAUGGAGGAGUUCUCGCUAGGGAAGGUAUCUUAUGUCAUGACCUUGGUUUGGACGGCGAUAACUUGGCAGGUCUUCGCGAUCGGGAUGGGAGGGCUGAUCUUCCAGGUGUCGUCGGUGUUCUCGAACGUGAUCGCGAUCGUGGGCUUGCCCAUCGUCCCUGUGCUGGCCGUCGUGUUUUUCGACGACAAGAUGGAUGGAGUGAAGGCUGUUGCCAUGGUGUUGGCAGUAUGGGGGUUUCUCUCCUUCGUGUACCAGCAACAUCUUGAUGACGUUGCUUCCAAGGCUCAAGACAGAAAUAAUGAGUCCGGCUAAAUUCAGAGCGGGAGGGGCUGAUGUACUAAUCUGAGGAGGCUCUAGGGUUUUGAGAGUUUUUUACUUUCUCUUUAAUUAUGCUUAGUGAAGUUCUCGGUCAUGUUUUUUGCUUUAAUCGUUGCUUUCAGUUUUGCU